CUUUCUUUCGCUCCGUGACCGAAGAAUUAUUAUUAUUCCGGAAUUAGGAGGAUCGAGAAGAAAAUGUCGGCGAGGUGCGGACCGCUCCUGGUGAACAACGACAGGACCUUGGCCGAGGUGACCUUCGCCGAUGCCCACCGCAUCUCCACGACCGUCACCCACUCCGCGGUCAUCGUCGCCGACUGGAUCAACGAAACCAUCCAAGGCUGCAGCGGCGGCGGCCCCUGCCAACGCCACCGCGUCGGUCUGGAGGUCGCCUGCCAGCCGAACGGCAACAUCGUGCUCCUCCAGCUCUGCGUCGGCAGCCGCUGCCUCAUCUACCAGCUACUGCACCGCGACCGCGGCACCAACCCCCCUCGCGAGCUCUUCGCGUUCCUCGAUGACGCCCGGUUCUUCUUCGUCGGGGCUGGCGUGGAGGUUGUCGCCUACGGGCUGCAGAGGGAGCAUGGCUUCUCGGUGAGGAAUACGGCAGACCUCGGGGACACAGCGGCAAUAAGGCUGGGCCGGGAGGAUCUCCGGCAGGCCGGGCUGGAGCGGCUGGCGAGGGAGGUGAUGCGGGUGGAGAUGGACACGCCCGCGGAAGUGCGGUGGAGCGAGUGGUGGCGGCGAGACCUGAGCCAGGAGCAGAUCGCCUGCGCGUGCGCCGAGGCCUUCGUCUCUUUUGAGCUCGGCAGGAUCCUCUUCCCGAUAAAACCAAAUUAA